AUGGAAUCCAUGGCCGUAGAUCCCGAGUCGGAACCGGAGCUCGAACUCGAUGAAGGAGGAGAUCUGGAGAAAUUGGAGUCAGAUUUGAAGCAGAUGGCUAUGAAGAUUUCCGACUACAGGCAAACCCUACCGGAUCAUCUCAGGAACACACUCGAUUCUGCUCUUUCCUCUCAUAGACCCGCUUUCCCCACCAUCCAUUCCGGGUCGGAUCCUCUACCUUCCUCACGCCUCACUCUUGCAGUCGCAGAAACACGAGUACCCGUUGUGUUGGGAACUAAAGAGCAAGACUUUGAAGAGAAAAUGAUUCAGCUCAAGGAAAGAAUGUCGAGGAACGCUGCGAGUAUACCUAAAGUUGUAAAGAGAGUGCGAGAGUGUAUAGAUGGGAUCAACAAACUCGAUUCUUUGGACGGAACCAUUCACCCGGCUUUCAGAAGACGAAGAAUUAACUGA